AUGGACAGCUUCGACGUGUCGGACAUGAACAAUGUGGUCCAAGAGGUCGAGGCCAGCGGACAAACAAACGGCCACAGGCAGAUAAACAUCGAGGCUGCCUCUCUAGCUCGAUCUAAAGGAUGGGCCCCCCCAGAAACGUACGACUAUAGCAAGUACGUGGCUCCCGUGGGUCCUGCCGCUGGCCCUGCCGCCCCUGUUGCUGAGCAGUCCGAGAUUGGGGGUGAGCCGCCAGCCGCAGCGGACCUUCCUAAGUGGGCGGGGAAUGCUGCCAAAUACGAGUGGAGGGAUGAGUAUGGUGACGUCGGACCUGAGAUCCCUGAGCUCGAGGAGAUGCUUUUCCGUAGCGAAUUCAUUAACCGUACUGGUUUGAAAAUCAACAACUUGCAGAACAUCGAGGUUGUUGCCGAAAGUAGAGAGCGUCCCAACCCUGUGAGAGACUUUGACGAAGCUGGACUUCACCCGAUUAUGCGUGAGAACAUCAGACUGUGUCGGUACGACGUUCCAACUCCGAUUCAAGCCUACUCCAUCCCCGCCGUGCUCACCGGGCACGACCUUAUUGCCAUCGCUCAUACGGCUGAAAAGAGCACAGGAUCGGGUAAAACCGCAGCUUUUCUUAUCCCCGUGCUCUCUCAGUUGAUGGGUAAGGCAAAAAAGCUUGCUGCACCUCGUCCAAACCUGGCUGCCGAAUUCAAUCCUUCCACGGACUCUGUUCGUGCGGAACCGUUAGUGCUCAUUGUGGCCCCUACUCGCGAGUUGUCCACACAGAUCUUCGAUGAAGCCCGUCGUCUGUGUUAUCGCUCUAUGCUGCGUCCAUGUGUCGUUUACGGUGGUGCUCCCACUCGUGAUCAGCGAGAAGAGCUUCAGAAGGGUUGUGAUAUCCUCAUCGCUACUCCGGGAAGGUUGCUGGACUUCAUGGAGCAGCCGCACGUUCUCUCACUUAGCCGCGUCAAAUACACUAUUAUCGACGAAGCGGACGAGCUCCUUCAGUCCGACUGGGAGGAGGAUUUCAACCGUAUUAUGUCUGGCGGAGAUACCAACGAGGAUGCGGACCAUCGUUACAUGAUGUUCUCCGCGACAUUCAACAAGUCUUGCCGUCAGCUGGCACGCAAGUUCCUCACUGAGGACCACGUUCGAGUUCGUAUUGGACGUCCUGGUAGCGCUCACAUCAACGUGGACCAGAAUAUCAUCUACGCCGAAGACAAUUUGAAGAAGAAAUGCCUCUAUGAUCUUCUUCUGUCAAUGCCGCCCUCGCGCACUUUGAUCUUCGUCAACACCAAGACCCAGGCGGACUUCUUGGAUGACUAUCUGUUCAACAUGGGACUUCCGAGUACCUCCAUCCACUCAGAUCGCACCCAGCGCGAGCGUGAAGAUGCGCUGCGUGCCUUCCGCACAGCCAGAUGCCCUAUUCUCGUUGCCACUGGCGUUUCUGCUCGCGGCCUGGAUAUCAAGAACGUGAUGCAUGUGAUAAACUUUGAUCUUCCUCGUGCCCUGAAUGGAGGAGUCACCGAAUACGUCCACCGUAUUGGACGUACCGCUCGUAUCGGAAACGAGGGCCUUGCAACAUCAUUUUAUAACGAGGAAAAAGAUGCGGAGCUUGGCCCUGACCUCGUCAAGAUCCUUAUGGAGAGUAAGCAGCGCAUUCCCGACUUCCUGGAGAUGCACAAGCCCACGGAGGAAGCUGUGACCUUCGAUGACGACACAGACGACGAAGCUGAGAAUGGUGAGGACAACGCGAACGAUGGAGCCUGGGGAGGUAUCCAAAUGGACGACAGCAAUGAACCCCCUAGCACGAACUGGGGAGCCGCUGAUGACAGCGACGCCUGGGGAGGAGCUCCGGAAGUCACUGGCGAGGCUAACGCUGGUGGCGCCAGCUGGGACUAGUGGACUAACUUUUUCACGAAGGGAAUGUUCUUAUGUUGUGAUGUCUGGUAAUAGUGCCCAAUAGGGUGUUGAUUAU